AAUAUACCAUAGAAGAAGAUAUUUUAUAUGCGUGUGUGUGGGUUGAAGAUGGCCGCCGCUAACAUGGCGAAAGAAGGUUUUCAAACCCAGUUCGCCUCUGUUAUGGAGAAGGUGCUGAAGACGGCAGUCAUGGAGACAACGCAACUUUUCGAAACAACUAUUGAGGAGCUGCGAUCUGAAAUAUCUAGAAUAAAAGAAGAGAACGAGGACCUCAAAUCGAGAAUUCGAUCUCCUGAAAAGGCGAAGAUAUCGACGGGUGAAAGUGAAAGACGAACCGCAGAGCCUGGACCGAGUCAAAGAACAACCUCACAUAUCGGCAAACGUGACAUUGGUGUCCAAUGUGUUCUGACAGUGCAAGCGUUGCCUCGGUCUGUGGAACAGCACCUGCGUGAGGAGGACCAGUGGACAGAGCUGCACCGUGGGGCCUACGACAAGGAGGACAACCCACAGAUGGCCUUUGUACUGAUCAAACAGGAGGUGGACUGGGAGGCAGACUAUUCUGAUGACUACUCCCCCGGGUACAUACUGCUGAAGCAGGAGGGGGGAGAGCCCCCAACUCUGGUCCGUAGACAACCUCUCAGAGAGUUACCAGGCAGAGCCCUGGUCCCACCUGGAGCCGCAAGGGCCCUGGUCAACCGUUACAGCCAGGAAAGGACUCCCACCACCCAGUCUACCUCAGCAGAGGCCCCCCUCCAGGGAGAUCAAGACACCCAGGAGGUCCCCCAGGCUCUCAGCCCAUCCCAGCCCAGGACCAGAGAGGUUAACAGUGGCAGUGCAGGCCAGGACCAGGCCCCUGGAGCAGAACAGCAGUCACUGGUAAUACCAGCAGCAGAGUCUCCAACAUCACACCUGACAGCAUCUCCUCAAUCAGCAGCCACUAUCCAUUCUACAUCUGCUGUAAUGGCCCAGUCCACGGUAACUACUCUGUCAAAAGAAACUGUCCAAACGACCACAGCGGUCCAGUCGACUGUAGCGGUGAAGUCUACAGCAGCAGCGUCAGAGCGCCCGCCACCUGUCCUCUCCGGGUUACCCAGAACCCCUCUUCAGGAUACACAGCCCAGCCCCGUUCCACCCCGAUCUCCUCGACCAUCAUCAGCACAGUCUCACACAGACGUUCUACCUGUAGCUCGUCCAAUAGCAGUGCCCUCAACACAACCAGCUAGGCCUACAGCUGUACCUGAUGGACCACCGGCCGCACCACCAACACAACCGCAAUCGCCUACAGUUUUGGCGCAGUCGGGUGUUGCCACGGCAACUCCGCCAACGCCGGUCCAGUCCACUCUGUUGCUGACUUUGUCUGAAGAACUUGCUGGCCCCCCUGAGAAGCAGGCGUUGUUGGUCACUGAGCAUGUGCAACCCUCCCCCACUGUGCCACCUGCUGUCCCAGAGAGGACGUCUGAUGAAGCCCCUGUACAGCUGUCAGCCCCUGCUGUAACCACACCCUCUGGCCCCUGUCAGAUGUUUAAGACACCGUUUUUAGCUCAGUUGUCAGUAGUACCCCUAGGACGCUCUCCACCGAGGGUGGAGGAAAAAGGGUGGGAGGAAGAUGAGGGGGAGAGGCUUUCCCCCCUCCCUGCCACAUCUACGGAAGCUGUGAUGACCAGGUCUGUUGCUACGGAGACGACCCCUGUCGGUGAGAAAAAGGAGGAGAUUGUUGUCCAGGUAGGUGGUGGCAGAAAGUCGAGUCGACGCGAAUCAAUCCUCUCUGGUCUCCGCCUCCGCUUAAGGCCCCGCCCCCAGGACAGUACUCCAUCUCCAGUGGUUGCUAAGAAACCCAGAGGAGAGAGAACCGCCCCUCUAGACCAUGACUACUCAAAGGUGAUGUGGAACAGAGGAGAAAAGUCCAGGGAAUCUCACGUUGACCAGGAUGUAGUAGAGGACACCGCUAACGGUGAGACGGCUGACGACAAGUCUAGUGGACAAGGAAGUAGUAACCACAUCAUCAGUGAGGAAGAGGGAGGAGCUAACACUGAUGUGACCUCUCUGACCAGACAGUCACCUAUUGGUGGAGGUGUUGGAGGUGUGUCCAAAUCCAAGAAGAGAAGCAUGACCUGGGUGCAGGCUCAGAGAGGUUUGGCCCUAGCCCAGGCUAAGAGGAGUAGGUCGAAGGUCACUAAGACCUCACAGCGAGGUCAGAGGUCAGAGCUUAGAGGUCUGGUCACACAGACACCGUUUCUGCCUUCCACCCCACAGCGCCACCGGUCGUACAGCCCCAGCCCUCAUGCUGCGUCUACCUCAAGCCUCAGCCCACGCCGCACCAGCCCGCGUUGCACCAGCCCUCACGGUUCCCCCAGCCCACACCAGGCUACGGGGGCGAAUGUGAACCCUUCUCCUACCACCCCUCCUCACCCACAGCCUCACCAGUUCAAGGUAAUUUCCGCCACCCCUCGUCGCGGCAGACCUCGUUCGGCGGCCGCGGCGGUUUUGAAUUUGAAACGUUCUCCCUCCACCCCUCAACCUAUCCCCUUCAUUGUCACCGUCAGCCCUCACUCCGGAUUCAAAAAGUCCCCCCCAUGCACGCUGACGUUCCAGCAGGCGCAGCGGUAUCGCAAGUCACAACCGAUGUGGUCGCCGCCAGGACCGUUCCAGCUCCAACAGUCUCCCAAGUCUCCACGGAAACGUUUUACCAAGAACCAGUGUGCAGACUGCGGUCGCGUCCUGAGCAGCGCCGCUGCUUUAGAGAGCCACGCAUCCCUGCACACGGGGAAGCGCCCGUUCGCCUGCUCCACCUGUGGCAAGGACUUCCCCAACCUCAAAGGCCUCAACCGCCACGCCCGCGUCCAUGGUGAACAGCGUGGCCACCAGUGUCCGAAGUGCGACAAGACCUUUGUCUACCGCUUUGGCCUGACUAAGCAUGAGCAGAUGGUCCACAGCGGCGUGCGCCCGUUCAUCUGCCCAAUCUGUGACAAACGCUUCGUCAUCCGGCGCGACAUGGAAACGCAUCUCCGCGUUCACACUGGAGAGAAACCGUUUGCCUGCUCCCUCUGUGUGAAGCGGUUCAAGAGGCGUGUGGAGCUGAAUGUUCACCUGAGGUGGCACAACGGGGAGAAGAGACACUGGUGCUCGUACUGCGGGAAGGGCUUUCUGGAUUACAAUAAUCUGAAGAGGCACAAAUUUGUCCACACUGGGGAGAAACCUUACACCUGCUCUGAGUGUGGCAAGCACUUCAAACAGACUGGCCAUCUGAAGAAACACCUGAAGACAAUACACAAAGACAGAUAGAGAGGACAGGGGAUGAGUCUGAAAUGACAACCUAUUCCCUAUAUAGUGCACUACUUUGGACUAGAAAUAUAGCACUAUAUAGGGAAUAGGGUGUCAGAUGGUGAUGAGGGAAUAGUUCUCUCUGUUUGCUGUGAAUUCGCUUUUGUUUGGAAGAAUCAUGCAGCGAGAGAAUGUAGCAAAAUGUAAAAAAAUAUUUUUUUUGAAUUGAGUUGAUUAAUUUAAUUAAAACUAAUUCUGGUUGUCAUUUGUUUUUUAUUUUAUUUAUUAGUAAAGUUAGAUGCCUAAAACCAAGUUUAAAUGUAGGUGUACUGUGUUCACGUCACACAUCAUGCUUUUUUAUGUUCUGCGGGUUUGAAGUCGUUGCUUUAAAAUGUGUUUAUUCCAUUUUAUUUGUAAGUAAAAAUCUGGUCUGGCAUAGGAAGUUUCACUUGAACAACCGUCGAAGUCGUAAUUGUACUUGUGGAGGAGGUUGUUACAUUUCACCACUGACCCUAUACAUUUUCCUCCAAAACAUGACGAAUCAAUUUGACAAUUACAAACUUAUCAAUGCGCAUAAUGUCGCUAGUUUUAUCAUAUAGUCAAUGUUAAGCAAACUAGCUAAUUCUAUUAUUAGUAAAGUUAGCUAGCAAUCAAGCUAGCUAAAAUCUUAUUGGUUGAAGAAUUGGUCAGACUUGAAUAUGGGGCAUUCAUGUGCUUGUGGGAAGUCGUAAAUCUGCCAUGAUCGUGUUUAAGUGCUUUUGAAAUGUUUGGUAGGUUGGCAUGAUCAUUAUGACAGACAAUUCCUAGACAGUCUAAUCUAAGGCAGGGUUUCCCAAACUGUUCCCUCUCAGCCUUAAAAGUGUCCUGCUUGCAUCGCCUCAUUAGCUAACUGUUGAGGUGGCGCGAUCGGCUAAGGCGCUUGAGGGCGGUCACGUGUGUUUGGGAGGCAGAAGUCCCAAGUUCAAGACCGGUAUGGGCCGAAUCAGGAGGAUGUGGUGCUCGCUUAGCAAUAAGCAUGAUGUCCUUUACACUAUGGCAAAAACCAAAACGUGGGGACAGAGUUUGGGAAAUCCUGAUAUAAAAGGCAUACAUACUUAUUCAAAACAUGGUCAGGUUUCCAACAGUUUAUAUUUUCAAUGUCCUUAUUAAUAAACAAUUGAUCACAAAAAAAUAGUUCUCAAUGUCAAAUAAAAAUGAGACCAAGGGAUCCCAAAUCUUUUCACGCAGGGGGCCCCCCCCCUUCCAGCAUUGCGGAACGCGUACCACAUGUUAGGUUCUAAUUCUUUGAGUUAAUGACUCCACGGACACUAGGAAAGCUUAACCAAGUUUAAUUCUUCCCAAAGGGUCCAUAGAGCUGCAUUCAGACAAACAACAUUUCACACAAGCACUGAUAUUUAACCCUUUCUCCUAGGCUGAGUCUUCUCAACUCAAGGCUGUCUUUAGUGAUUGAUAUCAGAUGGUGUCUCUUCUCCCAGAGGAUCCCUUCCAUAGGAUCCCUGAUGGCUAACAAUAACAUAUCCUGACAUAAUGUAAACGUUAUACAUUACCCUCUCUCCCUCAGUGACAUGGUUAGGUUCUAAGAUCUCCACCCGUCUCCCCUACACAUACCAAAGACAUCUGGCUCCUACAGAUAACCAUUAACUUCUGAUGUAAAAACCAGUCCCACACUGUUAGAUACUAUCCUUCUGAGUAUAACAAUGUUCCAAGUUUAACCCAGAAUCUAACACGUCUAUUUCUAUUGGCACUAGCACUGUUCAUGACACUAUGUUCACACCGCUCUUGUUGGUGGAGAGAAUGUUGCCGUUUUAAAGCUAAUUUUCUUGCAAUUCUAUACAUUUGGCCAUGUCUAAUGUGUAUUCAUGUGUUAUUUGACUGACAAACUUGUCAAGAUCUUUGUGCUAAAUAACCUAUACUGAAAAAAAAUGUAAAUACAUGUAGAGUUGAUCUCGUGUUUCUUGAGCUGAAAUAAAAGAUCCCAGAAAUG